AUGACCGAAAUGUACCCUGUCGACAUAUUAAACUAUAAUUCACCAUAUGACACUCAACGAUAUGUUUAUCCCACAUUCUUCAACCCAUUAUAUCUAGCUAUAUUGUCACUUGAUUCGACCAAUGCUACGCCGACCUAUCAGCCUCGAGAUGCAAAUCCAAUGCCUCAAAUGCCAAGUCUUCCUUCAGAUGAUAAUAUGUUAGCUGCUCGACCAUUCAAUCUAACCAAUUAUAUAGUUCCAAAUCCUACACAUUACUUGAAUCUUGUUGUCAAAUUUGCUGUGGACAGUACAGACCAAAUGUAUUCCAAGGAGCUAAGCCAGAAAAAAAGAGCCCCUAUUUCAACAAGUCGUCCAAACACAUUUGAUUUACCAUCACCUCGUGUUCAAGCAGGUAGCCCAUUGCCAACGAUUCAAAGUGAUGGAUAUGGCCACUAUCUAGUUCCAUAUCAGGCUGUUGUCGACAUCUUUUUAAACAACGCCGAUAACGGUGAGCAUCCGUUUCAUUUGCAUGGCGAUAACUUUUGGAUUAUAGCAACAUCGGACUAUCCACCAGCCGAGAAUUUAUAUCUCCAAGCUUACCUAAAGCGCGAUGCAGUGAAUGUACCAGGUAAUGGAUGA